AUGGACAACGAUCAACAAGACACCGCUCCCGAGUUCAGCGUGGCUCAAAAGGUUCUGGCCGAACACCCCCUCGACCCUGGGUUUCUCGAGCUGUACGAAAUCAGGGACGAACUCGGUUCGGGCGGGUUCGGGUUCGUCUGUUCCGCCUGGAGCAGGGUCGAGAACGUCGAAGUCGCCGUCAAGUUUAUCUACAAGAACAAGUUACAUCAGAGAGCCGUCGUCAAGGAUUGGCAUCGAAGAGAGAGUGCGCCGGGAAUCUUGCACCGGGACCGAGGGGGUGCGAGUGGCUACAGGUUGAUUCCUAUGGAAGCCGCCAUCCUUCAGUUUGUCCAGCAUCCGGGGAUCGUCAACUUCAAGGGGUUGUUCGAGGAUUCAACCUUCUUCUACUUGAUCCAAGAACUGCACGGCUCGCCCUGGGCCAAACACGCCACACCCGAGCAGGUGCAAUACGCCACCUUCAUGGGACCUCACUCUGCCGGCGCGCACGUCCAAACCUUUGCACAAUCUCCUAGCGCCAUGUCUCUGUCCUCAUCUACCGCCUCUAUCUACUCGGAGGCCUCCGAGAUGGAUGCAUCGCCUUCGACUUCGAGUUUCAGCGACACGUCCGACCCUAGCACUCCGAACGAUCCUUAUCGCCGUGGAUCUGCUCCCAAUAUCGGUCUCGGAUCGCCUCCCUCUCGACCUCCCAUGAUGCAGCGAAGGAGCAGUCACGAUCUGUUCGAAUGCAUCGAGGCCAACGAAAGAUUUGACGAGAACAAGGCGAGGUACAUCUUCAAGCAAGUCGUUGAUACCGUCGCCUACCUUCACCGGAACGGCGUUUGCCACCGCGAUAUCAAGGAUGAAAACAUCGUUAUCGAUGACAAGCUACAGGUCAAAUUGAUCGACUUUGGCAGUGCCGUCUGCUAUGACGCUCGGUUCGAGCCUCCUUACUAUGACCGAUUCUUCGGUACUCUCAACUUUGCUUCUUCCGAGAUCCUCCAAGGAUACCCAUAUCAAGCCGCUCCAGCCGAGGUCUGGUCCCUCGGAGUCUUGCUCUCCAUCUUGCUCACCGGGGUUCCACCCUUUGAGACCCAGCGGGAUGCCGUCUAUGGUCGUAUCCGCUUGAAGCAUACCAUCACGCGAGACGCCCUCAGCUUGAUGCAGAGGUGCUUGCACCCGAACCCUCACUCGCGUUACACCAUCGAACAAGUCAAACGACACCGAUGGUUUGCGCGGGAAGGCGCGAGCAGGUUGCCAUUGAGCUUGUUUGGCAACAACCAAAGGGCCGAACAGGCUGCCGAAUUGGCCGCCGAUCUCAGAACCGACGUCGUCAAUGGGGCUCGUCCUAUGCUAUACAAGGGAGGAUCCUCUUGA